AGAGCGGCUCAGCGACAGAGAGACUGAGAGAGCUACAACACCAAACCCUCAACACCUGCCAGUACUUGACGGAAGCCUUAGACGAAAAAAGUCAGUUUGUUAAGGAAUAUUCCUGGGAUAUGUAUACGCGAACAAACUUCAAAAUGAAAAUUUGACACUCUUAGUCACCCCGGACAAGCUCUCGUUACUGUUUGACGAAAUUUGAUGCAGUUCUCUGGGAACUUUCGCAAACUAUGCUUUGCUCUUCAGCAGGUUUUCAUACAGCAUAAUAACGUUUGUCAAAAGAAAACAAAAAUAAAUUCGGUCGUUAUUUGAAGGGAUUUCUGUAGCUCAAGUAAUAGCCUACCGUAGGUAUUGGACAUCCGUACAGCGCCACGAUAUGUAACAUCUUCAACCGCCGCAGUUUUCAGGAGUUAUCCUACCUGCUUUUCAAACAUGCCGUCCUCUCCUCUGAAUUAAAGAGCUGUUGACAGGUCGAAAUGUGCAAGCACCAAAGAAGAGCCUGGGAGCGAGUGAAUGACUUUUAAUUGUCUCAGAAGGUUAACUCGGCUGUCAUCGCUAUGGAGACGACACAGGCCCUCCUCCUCUUGAGUUUAUGUGUCUACGGUUGUCAUGGCAACCCCCGCUCUACGCCGAGAGUGCAUUUGUCUUUCAAAGAGCUGUUGGAGACCAAGACGAUCCGUCCGUUCAGUUUCUCGUUCAACACCAGUGACUACCGCAUCCUGCACAUGGAUCAGGACCAGGGCCGUCUCUACCUGGGCAGCCGGGAGUACGUGGUGGCUCUGGACAUGCAGAACAUCAACAAGGAGCCGCUCAUUAUUCACUGGCCUGCCACAACUCAGAGGAAAGGAGAGUGCAGGCUAACAGGAAAAGGUGGACAGGGCGAGUGUGCCAACUUCAUUCGUCUGAUUGAGCCAUGGAACCGCACGCACCUGUAUGCUUGUGGCACAGGCGCCUACCGGCCAAUGUGCACCUUCAUCAACCGCGGCUGGAGAGCGGAGGUACGAUACCUGCCUGUCACCAUAGCGACUCGUAGUCACCCCACACACACACACACACACACACACACACACACACACACAGGGUCACCAUGGUUUCUGGCUCUCAUGGAUAUCUCAUCAAACAAGACGUUAUUAACACCUCUUUCUGUAUGCGCCCCCCGUGCUACUGUCACCUUACCUUCACCUGGGCGUGUCUCCCUGCAGGAGUACCUGUUCCGACUGGUCCCUGGAUAUGCGGACUCGGGCAAAGGGAAGUGUCCCUACGACCCCCGUCAGGAGAGCGCUGUGGCCCUCAUCAAUGGAAAUCUGUAUGCAGGAGUCCAUGUGGAUUUCAUGGGCACGGACCCCGCCAUCUUCCGUACCCUGGGAGACCGGCCAGCUGUCAGGACAGAGCAAUACGACUCCAGGUGGCUCAAUGACCCGGUGUUUGUGCGGAUCCAGAAGAUUCCGGAUAGUGCCGAGAGAAAUGACGACAAGCUCUAUUUCUUCUUCCGGGAGAAAAGCCUGGAUGCUGCAGGAGGGGGCAGCCCGAGUGUCCUGUCGCGGGUCGGACGUGUCUGCCUGAACGAUGAUGGAGGCCAACGAUCACUAGUGAACAAAUGGACAACCUUCCUGAAGGCUCGUCUGGUGUGCUCUGUGAUCGGCAGCGACGGAGUGGAGACUUACUUUGACGAGCUACGGGACGUGUUCAUUCUGCCCACUCAGGACGAGCGAAACCCUGUAGUGUAUGCUGUCUUCUCCACGGCCGGGUCAGUGUUCAAAGGCUCUGCAGUGUGUGUGUACUCCAUGGCGGACAUCCGCAAUGUCUUCAAUGGGCCCUUCUCCCACAAGCACGGCCACAACUACCAGUGGACACCCUACACGGGCAAGAUCCCCUACCCACGGCCCGGAACGUGUCCUGGAGGGACCUUCACACCCGGUGUCCGCACCACAAAGGAGUUCUCAGACGAGGCGGUGAACUUUGUCCGUGCGCAUCCUCUCAUGUACCACCCCAUCUACCCUCUCCACAAGCGCCCCCUGGUGGUACGCACGGGCGUCGACUACCGCUUCACCACUAUCGCCGUGGACCUCGUGGACGCAUCCGACGGCCGCUACGAGGUGCUCUUCCUCGGGACAGACCUGGGAACCGUCCAGAAGGUGAUAGUCCUUCCCAGAGACCUGAGCUCUACGGAGGAACUCAUUCUGGAAGAGGUGGAGGUGUUCAGGACUACCGCUCCAGUUAAAACAAUGAGGAUUUCUUCAAAAAGGCAACAGCUGUACGUGUCGUCCGAGCGGGGCCUGACCCAGGUGUCCCUGCAUAGAUGCGACGUCUACGGGAAGGCGUGCUCGGACUGCUGCCUGGCGCGAGACCCCUACUGUGCCUGGGACGGCGAGAGCUGUGCCCCCUUCACACCCGCCACCAAAAGGAGAAGCAGGAGACAGGACAUCAAGCAUGGAGACCCCCUGCGGCAGUGUAGAGGGUUCAAUGCCAAAGUAGAGAAGAGGCUAAGGGAGACGGUGCAGUUUGGGGUCGAGGGUAGCAGCACCUUUCUGGAGUGUCAGCCCAGGUCGCCUCAGGCCUCCCUCAAAUGGCUCUACCAGAAGGAUGGCAGGCGGAAAGCGCUGAACCGUGACAGGGAGGUGCUGAGGACAGGCCAUGGCAUCCUGCUGAAGUCCCUGUCUCAGUCGGACGCCGGCCUCUACCACUGCCUGGCCACCGAGAACAACUUCAAGCACACGGUUGCCCGCAUCUCCCUCCGCAUCUUGGACCGUGAGAUUGUGGAGGCCCUGACCGCACCUGACAUCCCUGACGUGUCCCUGCCGGACCACGGCCACAACCCCCACCACCACCGCCACCAGCAGCAGCAGCAACAGCAGCAGCACCACGACCAUCCGCAGCAGGACCGACGACUCCCACCUCCACCCCCUCCGCCCCAGACGCGCCCUCCCAAGCUGCCCUCGCAGCCAGAGGUGCGCCUCAUAAACCAGUACUGCAAGUCCUACUGGCAGCAGGGCGCCGGAGCGGGCAAUGCGGCUGGGGGUGGCGGCCGCUCGCAGAAGCCCAAGCGCACCAAUCGGAGACACACAGAUGAAACUGACGACCAGGAAACCCAAGACCACUAACACCUACCCCACACCCUCCAGCCCUGCUAUCCUGUAUCACAGACACUGCACAAAUACCCCCCCCACACACACACACACACACACACACACACACACACAACCUUGAAAUCCUUAUACCCCCCUCCCCUCCCCCCCCCACACACACAUCCUCACUCCUGGGAAGAGAGGCUCCAGAGUCAUUUGGCGUACAUCGCAGAGCGUUGACGUGAGCUGCUGGGUGGCGGAGACGGACAGACUCCCGUGGCGACCACUGUACUGAGUGACCUAAGAAAAGCUGGACGUCGAGACGUCCUGGACUGUGGCGUUAGUUGAUCAGGAGAAGGGCUGGAUCCUCCCUGAUGCCGGGGCGAUACACAACCCUGACCACCAUGUCCCCCCUCGUAAUGUGUUAGUACAACCCCAGAGCCCCAUCCACAACAUUUGCUGUAAUAGCUAAGGUGGGUGUAACAAAGAGAGUGUAUCGCCUUUCACCCUCUCACUCACAGACACCCCCCCCCCCCCCCCCUUCCCUCUCUAGCACUACAGUAUGUUGCUUUUUGGGGAACCUGGCCUGGUUUCAUGUAAAAGCUGUUGUCACUUGAGCACAUGGGCUAUCGUGUUGUGAUUCAAACGGUUGGAUGUACUGUUUUUGUCUGCACACCUUUUGAUAUACCAUUGGGGCGUGGCCCCGUCUUCUGCAUGCCACACCAUGUUGAACCUGUUGAACUCGGAAACUUCACACAGUCCUAGCACGCCUGCAGACAUCUCACAAAGUCAUCAUUAUCAAGGCGGUCACUGUCAGUGACUCAAAUGACUCAAAAAAAAACAUUUUUUUUUUUAUUGUUAAUUGUUUUUAAUUCAUACUCUCCACAGUAGUUUUUUAAGUGGUUUAACUGAGGGAUUAGGAUGGAAAUAUAUUACUUGAAAGGUGCCCACUAUGUAGCCAACAUGAAGAUGCUUUACUUGAACAGCAAUCUAAAAUAUGGGAGGUAUCAUGGCUAGACCAAGCAUUAGAGUAUAUGUGGAUGUAGAAAUUCAUAGAGCCCUGACAGACAUUGUGGGAAUGAUAAGUUGUCCCUUUAUAUCCCCAUUGCUCUAGCUCUUUAUAUAAAGGCCAGACCAAUGCCCGGAUAAAGGCCUCUAUUACCUUAUGUAUCCUGUCACCUUCAGUAUGUAUUCCAUGUUUUAACAUUCAAACAGCAAUAUUUUCAGUUGCAUUCAAAUUGUAAAGUAUUAUUCAUUUGGGCAUUGAGGAAGGUGCUGGCACUGAGUAACUUUAAAGUCAACACCUUUAGAGCUCCUCCUAUCAUCUGUGUGUGUAUAGGGUUAGGGUCAUUUGUUCUUAUUUGGCUCAAAUUCAUUUAGAUUAAGUGCCCCUUUAGGUUUUUGAUAAUAUGAUUUGUUACAGAACUUGCCAACAGCAAGUAAAUAUUAAAUGUGUAUCAUAUGUUUAGAAAUGUAGAAAUAACUCAUGAUAUCUUUUACCCCUUCUUUUUGUAGAAGAAACAUGCGUAAACAGUGCGUAAACAUCUGUAUAACAAAUCUGCAUUAUAAUAACCAGAACAAGACAAAGCAUGAUUUUGAAUUAGUCAGUUUCAAAAUAUAUAUAUCAAGGCAAUGUGUCACUGAGUUGGAACACAAGUCUAAAUUAUGGACCAAAACUAUGACUACUGCUAAGAUGCAGGACUUCAUUUCCCAUGCAGUACAGAUCUGCACUACAGGCUAUUGGACUGGAUAAAUGACAGUGUCAUAUGCAAUUGUUGUUGAACAAUGUUUUUAUAUAGCGAUCAAUUUAAUCUCUGCAAGUGAUACUAUUGCAGGUGAAGUCCUCUGCUAGUUUAGUAGUCUUCUUUUAUAUGUGUUCUGCGUGUCCUACAAAGAUAUACCGAGACCUUAUCACUGUUGUAUUUCUAGUCCACAAAAAAAAAAAAAAAAACACUCCAGUAGGCUCCAGUAGCCUACAGCAAGGCCGUCAACCAGUGUAGUUAUUGUAAAUCACUUACCUGAAAAAAACAAAUGCAAGUAAGAUGUUUUCAGUUUUACUAAUGCAUGUAUCAUCUGUGCUGGAAAAGUAGCUUAGAACAGUGAAUAUCAUUUAGUGUGUCUCUCCUUCCCAGCCCAAACUCUGGGGAAUCCCCUCACCCCAUUGUGAAAUCAAACUAUUAAGCGACCAGUGCUCCAUUUUCCCUGGUGCUACACAUUUCGAUUUCACAUCAGCAUGACAGACUUCGAGCUUCACAGUGACUUGUGAUAGUGUGUCUGCGUCAUGUUUGUAACGAACAAUGUAGUCUUUCAGCCUCCACUCCUUGUGUGUAGUAGCACUAGGUAUACUAUUACCACAGCGCCAUCUAUUGGUCAAAUUGAGAUACUGCUCUUAUUCAUUACUCCUCUGCUCUCUUCCACCCUCGCCAUGGCAAAUAUUUAUUUUGAGACUGUACAUAUUCCUGUAAGUUGUGCACUUUGGUGGUGGGGUGAGGGAACUGGGUUCGUUGAGCCUUAUAAUAUUGUGUGUUGUUCAUAAACAGGACCAGUAUUCAUGGAAAGAGAAAAGAGGUAGACUUUUUGAAUGGAAGCUGAUGGAAGUGAAGCGCUGUAUAAACAAACCUCAAUACUUGCUCCAAAUGGAAGGUAGAGUUUAGGCCCACAGCAAUUCUGCUCAAUGAACAUUGUAUUCAGUUAAUAGGGUAUUGAGAUAAUAGAGAUGUAAUUGCUAGGGAAGACGUACUGUUUGAAACAGGGAAAUUUUAGCUGCAGGAUUUAUUUUGUUAAAAAAAGAGAAAAGGUCUACCUCUUCUAGCACUUUCUAUGGAAUAUCACUUGUACCAAAUCACAUGAACAAGACAAAAGGAACCGCAUCCAAUUUAAGCACACUCCGGAUCAGUCCAAAAGACGUAAAUCAACACAGACGCUAUGAAAACACACAAAGAAAAAGAAAAAAGAGAAAGAUGUGGGAAGGGAAGGUUCCUCACAUUUUUACUUGAGCGAUGUAAAAUAUUCUCUCAAGAACACAAUCUUGGACAGGCAGAGGGUACAUCGCUCCCUCUGUAGUCUCUCCAUCAGCGUAGCCUCCAUCCAGGUCAAGCUCUAAAUCCUCCCCUGGCACACCACAGACUCACAGAGGAGGCUAGUGACGUGCAUGGGUCCUAUUUGUCUUGCUGUGCUUUGGGUUGGGUGUUUUGUCAUUGAACUAAAUCAAGCUACAUCUUAAUUGUUCUUUGUAUUUGUAGAUGUGUUUAAUUUUUUGUUUGUUUUGCCAGACUAAGUGAACGUGGUUGUUUGUAAUAAAUAUUAUUUUAUUAUUGUUGUUAUAUUUCUUGCGUUUUUGGAAUUUCAAUAGAUAUAUAACUGUUUUAUAAACUUGGGGAAGCAAUUUCACUGUGUUUUUGUAUUUAUUUGACUUACACUCAAUGUUGUGUGUGUGUGUGUGUGUUUGUUUGUGUGUGUCAGCUUGAGAGAGCUUAACAAUGUGUCAACAUGGACAGCUAUUUAAAAAGGAAAAAAGAAAACCUCAAGCACUUAAUGAUUUAGCCGUUUGGAAAAAGCUGGUCAUGGUUUGGCAGUGUGAACUGCCACAUGGACAGUUUUUUCGCAAGCUUUUGUCCAACUUUUUUUUCUGUACUCAGCCACUCCUGCAGAGGGGGUGCUGUGCUGUCAGUUCAAACAUAUUUUAUGUUUUGGUG